AUGGACCUGCAAUCUCCCUCUGUUCUGGCGCAAUUGCCUCGCCCACUUCACGCCUCCACUGGCAAAACCCGUAUCAGCGAUGUCUUCAGUCUCGCCGAUGCGAAAAAGCGCAAGCGCUAUGAAGUCGCAGUUGCGGUUGAUGGUGAGGCUGUAAACAUUUACAAUGUUCAAACGCCAAAGCUCGUAACGUCCUAUGCCGUCCCGCCGCAAUCUACUUUCUCUUGCCGCCCAUGCUCCGUUCGCCGCAAGCUCUCGAAAAAAUCGGCAGUUCGACGACAAACUUACACUGCCGUCACUAAGCCCGAACAUCAGAUCAAGUGUUUCGUGGAGGAGAUCAGCAGCAGUGGCUCAAGUGCCCCAGUCAUUUCUUCUUCGACUACCACCGUGACUGAUUCGACCAGCCCCACCACUUUUGUCGGCAUCGUCCCCUCCAGUGCCAAUGAUGAAGGAGAAAUGGAUCCAUUUGACAUUCUGGCGGUCCACGAGGAUGGUCGUGUCCGCAGACUGUCCUCUGAUUUGAAGACUCAGCGAUGGAGCAUUCAGCACAGCGAGAUUGCCAAGGUUUGCUCUACUCACAGUGUCCAGUCCAGCUUCUUGGUAGAGUUUGAAGAUGCAAAGAAGGCUUUGUUCAAGAGACGACAGGACCUGGCUUCGAUGGCCUUGGGUGAUUUGACGGCCUCUGGUGUCAAUGAGCCAUCCAUCUUGCUGGUUGUAUCGCAGCCAAAGAACACAGAUAGAGUUUCUUUGAAGGAUAUUAUUGUGCAGAUGUUCUCUGUUCCUGCCGAUUCGACGUCACAAUCGCACGAGAGCCAACGGUUGAGACAUCUCCAAACUUUCCACAUCCCGGACCUGAGUGGCCUGGAAACUGCCAACUGCAGUGCAAUGCAAUGGAGCUUCCACUCUGGCUCGGCGGGUUUAAAUCUUUCUUUCGACAAGGGUUUCAUCAACGUCGAUCUCUCCCAAUACUCGCCUUCGGUCACUUCACAGUUCGUGCUUGAUGAGCACUUUUCCUCGGUGAUGCGUAUUUCGCCCCAGUUUGUGAUCGGUGCGAGCAAGUCUCUCGUGGCAGUCUAUGACACCCAGUACAACUCGGUUCAGCGCAGCAUUCCCGCGGAUGAUAUUUCCUCGAGCACCGCAUCAACCGCAGAGACCCCUACAAAUUUCAUCAGCUACUUCGCUAAGCUUGGAAUUGCAGUGGCCACCAAGGGCAACACCCUUAUUGCUUUUGACUUGAGCUCACUCCCGAGUGCGCCGAGCUCUUCUCUCAAGCGAACAAGAGAUAGCCUUCUCAUUGAUGCCAUUGGCAAGGGUAUCGGUUCAUCUGCUGCCCAGUGGGAUGUGGCCUCUAAGAAGCACCGGUCUGACAACGUGGCUUCCCUUCGACUUACCUCCCCGGAGCAAGUUGAGAAAUGGACACAGCUUACACAAACUAUCGACAAGGCGGCCAAGACCAAGAACAUUGACUUGUUCGAUAACGCUGUUUUGACAUACUUUAGCACAUCUGAUGCCUCUACAACGCUCCCUGUGCGCGGACAAUUUGUCAACUCGGAAGCAACUCUUUUCUUGCUGUCGAAAAUCUUUACUGUGGAAGAGUCUCGAUCAAAAGAUAUUGCUUCGGCUUCUUCUUCUUCUCGGCUCCAGGUUGCCAUGUGGCCUCCCACUACUUGCGAGUGGCUCAUCAAGUUGGGUCACUUCUCAUUCGAUAACGUCGAAAUUGCACUUCGUCGGGCCUACAAGCCGCAAGUGCUGCAGAAGUUCCCCACCGGUUCUUUUAUUCAAGCUCUGCUUGAUUCUGAUCCCUCCCUCAACCAAGUCAACCAAGUUUUGGAAGGGCCUACUCUGAUCUCCUCGGAUGAAUUGGCCUAUGCGCUCAAGGUUUUCCUGAACCAGGCCCGUUCGCGUUCUGGAGCUCUUGAAGACACCGCUCGGGCGAUUACCAACGGUGAUAUCGCCACUCCUACCCAGGAACUCACAAAGCACCUCGGGUCUGAGACAGCAACCCUGAAGGACAUCUUCACCGGUCUGAAUAUCUCUCUCCAGAAGAUUCAUGCUCAGCCUCUCCCAGUCGUUGUGGCUUCUCUUCGCUCCAACCUCUCACGCACAGAGCUUUUCUCUAUGAUUACUCCUUCUCUUUCCCUCAAUGUCAUUGUUGACCUCCUCACUGCUUCCGUAGACGCCGUUGGUCCUUCCGGCUGGAUCUCCGCCGUUCCUACAGCUGGUGAUUUCGAGGACUCAGACUCCGUCACAGCGGCUGCUAGCCGUGAGAUGGAACUAAUUGCCGAUAUGAAGUCCGAGAUUUCCGCCGCUCUCGCAGGAGUGGAAGAGGCAACCUAUCUCAAGGGAGUCAUGUGCGAGUACCUCCGUUUCGCAGACCAGGUCGUUACCCCAGCCACUACUUCAGAGGAUGCUCUGGCCAAGAUGGAUGCUGAGGCCGCUGGUCCUUCCCACCUCGUCCGCUACGAGAAGCUCAAUGGCGCCGAGUUGAUGAUUUUCACUCGUCCUGGCGAAGGUGAAGAUGGAUUUGAUGGUGAUGCCGGUGGCAAGAUGCUUCCUCUGUCACUCAAGACUACUUCCGGAGAUGUUUCCCGCACCAAGAUGAAGAAGUCUACCGGCGAGGUCAAGAACCGCACUAGCCGUGAGAUUGGAUACUUGCGUCGCAAGGCGGUUGGCAAGUACUCUUUCGAGCGACUUAUCAUCUAA